CUCUUUUUUUUGUUCAAGGUCUCUCUUCUGAGCGUGUGAUUUUUUCAAACGUGGCUGCAAAAGAAGAACAUGUCCGUCGUGGUCAAUUAGCUGACAUAUGUCUCGACACGCCGCUUUGUAAUGGACACACCACUUCUAUGGAUGUUCUUUGGACAGGAACGCCUGUAGUUACCUUACCAGGAGAAACAUUGGCAUCACGAGUUGCUGCAUCACAGUUGGCAACUUUGGGUUGCCCAGAGCUUAUAGCACACACGAGACAAGAAUACGAAGACGUUGCAAUUCGAUUAGGCACUGAUAGAGAAUACCUGAAAGCGAUGAGGGCAAAAGUGUGGAAAGCUCGUGUAGAAAGUCCUUUGUUCGACUGCUCUCAAUAUGCUAAAGGAUUAGAAAUGGUUUUCAGCCGAAUGUGGGAGCGAUUUGCUAACAAUGAACUCCCAGAUCAUAUAUAUGCAGUUAAAGACAAGUGAAAAUGAAUAAAUAUAUUAACGUGUUUGCUAUUUUAUGAAUGCGAAAAUACAAAUAAGAUUUUAUUUACAAAUUUGUUUGAUGUUAAAAGAAGUUGUCUAUAAGUUGUCAUUUUUAAUACACACAAACGGAUAUACGAUUCCUAGUUUUAACGCAAGUAACAGCAUUGAGUUGACUACGAGAAAUAUGGUUUUAAAUAAAAUACUGUACUUAUCCAGAAGUUACAAAAUAUUAUAAACUAAAAGAAAUAAAAGUUAUCAGCCACAAAGAAGGAUUAA